AUGGGGCAGACGGAGAGCACGGAGGAGACACCUCCAAUGGCGGAGGUAGCAGCAGAGGCCCCACAGACAGAAGCAGCAGCAGCAGCAGCAGCAGCAGAAGCAGCAGCAGCAAAGGGAGCAGCAAGAAAGGCAGCAGCGGACAGCUGGGGUAAAAGAGACUCAACAGCGUCAGUGGCCUCCACCACAACUACAGAAGAUGCAGAAGUAGCAGAAGAACCUGCUGCUGCAGAAGCAGCAGCAGCAGCAGCGGAACCUGCUGUUGCUGCUGCUGCUGCUGAGGACAAGAGGCCCCAGGCAGCGGCAGCGCUCAAGAAGCAGCAAGGUGAGUCCUAG